CUUACUGGCCCACCCGAGCCGCCUGGUCCAGUUGGUCUAGUUGGUCCUCCCGGUCCACCCGGACCUCCCGGCCCACCCGGACCACCGGGGCCUCCGGGUCCUCCGGGUCCUCCAGGGCUACCAGGGCUACCCGGUCCACCUGGGCCGCCUGGACCUCCCGGUCCUCCUGGAGUACCCGGUGAUCCUGGAGUGCCUGGAGUGCCGGGAGUGCCGGGAGUACCGGGUUGUCCUGGAUAA